CCCGUGAUCCGGGGUCUCUGAAUUGAAUUGCAUAACAUAGGGAGACGCUGUUUUUAAAAUACUAUGGCGGCGGCGGGGACACGGCGGCUGGCCAUAUCUCAGUGCUGGGAGGAGGCGGCGUGUCUCUCUUUCUACGGAAUGCAGUCGCUGCAUGAAAUAUUCGAGGUGGUCGGCUCCCACCUCACCGACAGCGACCUCGAGGUCCUGUCCUUUCUGCUGGACGAGACGUACCCGGCCACGCACCCGCUCGACCCGGCCGGCUGGGCGGUGGAUCUGGAAGGCCGGGCCGGCGCCACUUGCCCGCGGCUGCAAGCGGCAAUGCAGCGGUACCACGGCCGGCGUGGAAGCUCGACCACCGGGGAGCUGGGCUUCUGCGCGGCCGGCGUGCACAAGCCCAAAGACGGCGUGGAGUUGCUGCUGGAGCUGGAGAGGAGGGGCGUGUGCGAUGAGUCCAACCUCACCCACCUUCUACAGCUGCUGCGCAUUCUGACCCGACACGACCUGAUGCCGUUUGUGACCCAGAAAAAAAGGAGGACAGUGUCUCCGGAACGCUGCAGCUACGGCUCUGUGAUCUCGGGCGCGGAGGAGGAGGAGGAGGAGGAGGGCGUGAGGAAGAGCGCGGCGGAGACGGAAGGGGCAGGCAGGGGGCAGUGGAGAGCAGGGGUCGACCCGAACAGGCAGUCCAGCUGGCUCCAAACGCCCCAGGGGCAGGAAGCGCAGGAGCAGAAAACUCAACAGCCCCCCCAGGAGGGCAGGAGGAGGAGGAGGAGGAAGGGGGGGGGGGGGCAGGGGCAACAGCACAUCUUCGCUCAGGACAGAGUCACCUGUGACGUGCGCCUGCGUGUGCGCGCGGAGUACUGCGAUCACGAGACAGCUCUGCGCAGGGGCGUGUCCUCCAGCAAGCCGGGCCUCGCGGAGCGGCAGUUCGAUCUCUUCAGCCAGGCCGACGCGCUGAUCCGCUCGCGGGACCUCGGUGCCAUCGUGUGCGACAUCAAGUUCUCGGACCUGUCCUACCUGGACGCCUUCUGGAAGGACUACCUGAGCGGCGCGCUGCUCGAGGCCCUGAAAGGCGUCUUCAUCACAGACUCGCUCCGCAGGGCGGUGGGCAGGGAGGCCGUGGAGCUGCUGGUCAGCGUGGAUGAGGAGGACUACGCGGAGGGCAGGAGGAGGCUGCUGGGAGACCGCGGGCAGCCACUGCGCUGACACACACAGAGACGAGGUCUUGCUCCUCCCUUUUUUCAUUCCAUAUAUUUUUUUUAUUGUUUUUAUUUAUUUAUUUUUUAUGCUGGGGGCACGGUGUACUGGAAAUGCAAGACUUGUCACUUGCUGACCUUUAAAGGGUGGAGGAGAAAAUAAAUCCACAAUGUGAGUUUGAGGCUGAACCCCUCCUGUCUGCACUGUGAGUUUGAUGCUGAACCCCUCCUGUCUGCACUGUGAGUUUGAUGCUGAACCCCUCCUGUCUGCACUGUGAGUUUGAUGCUGAACCCCUCCUGUCUGCACUGUGAGUUUGAUGCUGAACCCCUCCUGUCUGCACUGUGAGUUUGAUGCUGAACCCCUCCUGUCUGCACUGUGAGUUUGAAGCUGAACCCCUCCUGUCUGCACUGUGUGUUUGAUGCUGAACCCCUCCUGUCUGCACUGUGAGUUUGAGGCUGAACCCCCCUGUCUGCACUGUGAGUUUGAGGCUGAACCCCCCUGUCUGCACUGUGUGUUUGAUGCUGAACCCCUCCUGUCUGCACUGUGAGUUUGAUGCUGAACCCCUCCUGUCUGCACUGUGUGUUUGAUGCUGAACCCCUCCUGUCUGCACUGUGUGUUUGAUGCUGAACCCCUCCUGUCUGCACUGUGAGUUUGAGGCUGAACCCCUCCUGUCUGCACUGUGAGUUUGAGGCUGAACCCCCCCUGUCUGCACUGUGAGUUUGAGGCUGAACCCCUCCUGUCUGCACUGUGAGUUUGAGGCUGAACCCCUCCUGUCUGCACUGUGAGUUUGAGGCUGAACCCCUCCUGUCUGCACUGUGAGUUUGAGGCUGAACCCCUCCUGUCUGCACUGUGAGUUUGAGGCUGAACCCCUCCUGUCUGCACUGUGAGUUUGAGGCUGAACCACUCCUGUCUGCACUGUGAGUUUGAUGCUGAACCCCUCCUGUCUGCACUGUGAGUUUGAGGCUGAACCCCCCCUGUCUGCACUGUGAGUUUGAUGCUGAACCCCUCCUGUCUGCACUGUGAGUUUGAUGCUGAACCCCUCCUGUCUGCACUGUGAGUUUGAGGCUGAACCCCUCCUGUCUGCACUGUGAGUUUGAGGCUGAACCCCUCCUGUCUGCACUGUGAGUUUGAGGCUGAACCCCUCCUGUCUGCACUGUGUGUUUGAUGCUGAACCCCUCCUGUCUGCACUGUGAGUUUGAGGCUGAACCCCUCCUGUCUGCACUGUGAGUUUGAGGCUGAACCCCUCCUGUCUGCACUGUGAGUUUGAGGCUGAACCCCUCCUGUCUGCACUGUGAGUUUGAGGCUGAACCCCUCCUGUCUGCACUGUGAGUUUGAGGCUGAACCCCUCCUGUCUGCACUGUGAGUUUGAUGCUGAACCCCUCCUGUCUGCACUGUGAGUUUGAUGCUGAACCCCUCCUGUCUGCACUGUGUGUUUGAUGCUGAACCCCUGCUGUCUGCACUGUGUGUUUGAUGCUGAACCCCUGCUGUCUGCACUGUGAGUUUGAUGCUGAACCCCUCCUGUCUGCACUGUGUGUUUGAUGCUGAACCCCUGCUGUCUGCACUGUGUGUUUGAUGCUGAACCCCUGCUGUCUGCACUGUGUGUUUGAUGCUGAACCCCUGCUGUCUGCACUGUGUGUUUGAUGCUGAACCCCUCCUGUCUGCACUGUGAGUUUGAGGCUGUGCAGGAUCCUGCACUGAACCCCUCUGUCCAGGGAUUUGUAUUUGAAUAAAUAUGUUAAUUUGUAAAAAUAAAAAAAUAUAUAAUAAAACUUGUUUAUUUUAAGGGACACUGUUGCUUACACGGCACAUGCACAAUGUGGAAUAUGUCUGUUAAGUUUAUAUAUUCUCAUAUAAAUUACUUGUCACGGCUGGAGAUUUCUGUAAAUUUAAUUAAUGACAUUUUUUUUGUUUGUUUGUUUUUGACUAUAGUUCUGAUUUAGUAUAUUUCUAAAAAAAAAUAAAUAAAAAUAAAAAUAUUUGUAAGAAAAAAAUAAAGGCUUUAAAA